UUCCAACUUGCAAAACAUGUCGAGCGUCCUGAACUGCAUCGUCACGCCGCGGUCGAGCAACUUCCGCUGCGAGGUGGCGUCGAGGACGUUUGAAGAAGGCGUGUCCACUCUCACAGUACGAGAUCAACAAGGCCAAGCUAUUCACAACGCCAGAAACCUCAUCCGAAGCGCGCAUGAGCGACAGACGGCGGAAGUGCUGGCGCGGCUGACCGCACGGCGCGCCUGCCUCCUUCGCGACCUUGAUCGCACGGACGCCCAAAUAGCCACCAAAGUCAACAAGAUCGAUGCCAUUGACCAAGAGUUAUUAGCGCUGCCGAAGAUCCUGUAGUAUUUAGCACUCAUACAUGUACCCAACGUGAUCGCGGUGUAAACCUUCAAAGCCUUCAAAGCAAUGCCAACCUUUAGGCUACGGAAUACGAAGAAUUCAAUUAUUGUAGCUACCGAUGUAUAUCCAUCCACCUUCUACUCG